CAACUCCAAGCUCCAAUAAUGGGGAGAGGCUUGCCGGAUUCGCCGCCGGGAGCACCGCCCCCGCCCCCGCCGCGCUCGCAUUAAAGCUGCCCCCCUCGCCGUCCACCCCCACGCCUUCCAACGACGGUGAGGCCAGCCGGAACCACACCGCGCGACUCCGCCAUGGCCGGCGGCCGGUCCUCGUCGUCGAGCAGGCACCACCACGGCCACCACCACCACCACCACCACCACCGCCGCCACCGCUCCGAGACCUCCUGCCCGCCGACCUCGGUGGCCGUCGCGGCGGCGAGGGCCGGCGACGCGCACGCGCCGGACCACCCGCUGAGGCGGUCGCAGGCGUUCCCGCCGCGCCGCCAGCCGCCGCACCAGCAGCAGCAGCAGCAGCAGCGCAUGCAGCCCCAGCGGUGGGACAGCGAGCAGGUGAGGCAGCCGCGGUGCGGCGAGGUGGCGGGGGGCACCGCGGCGGGGUGCGCCGCCGUCUGCUGCUGCCUGCCGUGCGCGGUGGUGGAGGUCGUGGUGCUCGCCACGGUGCGCGCGCCGGCGGCGCUGUGCCGCCGCGCCGUCCGCGGGCGCCGCGGCGGCCGCGGCACCAGGCGGUCGGCGUCGGCGGGGCAGGCCGGGGAGAUCUACGAGCUCCUCGUGGACGAAGGCGGCGCGGUCGAUUCCGGCGAGAAGAAGGCGCCCGUGGUGUGGCCCGUGGCGGCGAUCACGGCGGCGGCCGUCCCGUCGGAGGAGGCGGGCGAGCUGGAGAAGGAGGUGUGGGCUAGGUUCUACGGCGCCGGCUUCUGGAGGAGCCCGUCGCAGCUGAGCGACCACAUGAGGUGAUCGGCCGGCGACGGACGGCUUCCCGUUCCGUACGCCGGCCACGUGUCCCCGCGCUUCUUUUCUUCGCUCUUGGGUUCCUACCAACUCCGUCUCAAAAUAUAACAACUUUUGGCUAUAAAUCUGGACGUACAGUUAUCUAGAUACAACUUAUAUUUUGGGACGGGGGAGUAGAAAGGAACUAGAGGAGGAAGAAGAAACUUGCCCUUUGGCUGCAUUUUUCUUUUUCUCUUUCUUAUUUAAUUUUAAAUGUCGCUCGCUCUUAGAAGGGAAGAAGAAUUCUCUUCUUGAACAAUGCAAUGCCAUUGUUGAUUGGUUAUGUAAUUAACUGUAUAUAUUCAACGAUGAUAUGAACAAAUGGAGCAAAAAAAAAUUAAGAGAAA